UCGCAUUGUUGAUUUCUUUCUUUUUUAUUUUCACCUGAAUCUCUUUAUCGUCAUUAUAUCGUUGAUCAACUUGAUAUACGACCUCCAUUUUUGUUGCAACUAUUUCAUUCGGCAUAUUUCUCACAGUAUUGCUCGAUUCAUUUAUUUCUUUUUACCAUUUUUCAAUCUUCCAAUUAUAACUGUUCGAGAUGUAUAAUUUUUAGGUUAAAUUAAAUAUGUACUUUCUAAGGAAAAAAGAGCAAAUGCUAAUUAAUAUAUGUAUAUAUAAAAUCAUGUUUGAUGAUAGUAGGUCGUAGCCUGCAACAAAUUUGACAUUUACAUCUACAGAUAUAACCUGCAGGAACUUAUUAGCAUCAUCGACUGCAGACCUUUAAUACAUGAAACAUUCCAACAUAUAUUCAAUAAUAAACCUAUUAGAUGUUUUAAAUAUAGAAAGUUUUAAAAAUAAUGGUUAAUUCGAAGUUUGAAGUCUGUAAAUUGUGAAAAACAUGCCUCUGUUCGGAAAGUCUCAAAAGAGUCCGGCGGAGGUGGUAAAAGCUCUCAAGGAAGCAGUAAAUGCAUUGGAGCUUGGUGAUAAGAAGGUACAAAAGGCUCAAGAGGAUGUCAGUAAAAAUUUGGUACAUAUAAAAAAUAUGCUGUAUGGUACAGCUGAAACAGAGCCUCAAGCAGAUAUUGUUGUUGCCCAAUUGGCACAAGAAUUGUAUAAUAGUAAUUUGUUGCUUCUACUUGUGCAAAAUCUUAGUCGCAUAGAUUUUGAGGGAAAGAAAGAUGUCGCUCAAGUAUUUAAUAAUAUAUUACGAAGACAAAUUGGAACUAGAUCUCCAACAGUAGAAUAUAUAUGUACUAAGCCAGAAAUAUUAUUUACUCUUAUGUCUGGGUAUGAACACCAAGACAUUGCUUUAAAUUGUGGCACUAUGUUAAGAGAAUGUGCAAGAUACGAGGCCUUGGCAAAAAUAAUGAUUUACUCGGACGACUUUUACAAUUUUUUCAGAUAUGUUGAAGUAUCAACAUUCGACAUAGCUUCCGACGCGUUUUCUACGUUCAAAGAAUUACUUACCAGGCAUAAAAUACUGAGCGCUGAGUUUUUAGAAAUUAAUUACGAUAAAGUUUUCUCUCAUUAUCAAAGGUUAUUGAAUUCUGAAAACUAUGUUACGCGACGACAGAGUUUGAAACUGCUAGGGGAGCUUUUACUCGAUAGACAUAAUUUUACCGUAAUGACACGAUAUAUUUCAAAUCCAGAUAAUUUAAAAUUGAUGAUGAACAUGCUCAAAGAAAAAUCGCGUAAUAUACAAUUCGAGGCGUUUCAUGUUUUUAAGGUAUUUGUGGCAAAUCCAAAUAAACCAAAACCGAUCUUAGAUAUAUUAUUGCGCAAUCAGGAAAAAUUAAUUGAAUUCCUAACGCGCUUCCAUACUGAUCGUUUCGAAGACGAACAGUUCAACGACGAGAAGGCGUACCUUAUUAAGCAGAUAAAAGAACUUAAAUCUGUACAUGAGAAUUAAGUCCAAAAUACAAGUUAUUGCUACAGC